UUUGUGGGGGCGGAUGUGGGCGGGUUCUUUAAAUUAAAGACCCUGGACAAGAGCUUGUUGCAAGAUGGUAUCAGGCUGGCUCCUUUUAUCCUUUCUUUCGAGCACAUGCUCAUAUUGACACUAAGAGGCGUGAGCCCUAUCUAAUGGAUGAGGAAAAUAGGAACGUGAUUCAUGAAGCAUUGCGGCUCCGAUAUAAGCUCCUCCCAUAUUGGUAUACUCUCUUUUAUCAGAGCCACAUCUCCGGACUACCUGUCGCUAGGCCGUUAUGGUUGGAGUUCCCUCGUGAUAAGAACACUUACAAUAUUGAGGACCAGAUAAUGAUUGGAUCAGGACUGAUGGUGAGGCCAGUUAUGGAUGAAGGAGCUAACUAUGUUCAGUUAUACCUACCUGGAACCAGCACAUUAUGGUAUGAUUAUGAUGACCAGACCGCUCAUAAUGGAGGAAGGAGACAGCACGUGACAGCCCCUCUGUCUAAAAUCCCAUUGUUCAUCAGAGGUAGUCAUAUUAUUCCAACAAAACAAAGAGUUAGGAGAUCCUCAUCGCUCACACUGGAUGAUCCAUACACUUUAUUAAUUGCACUGGAUGCACAGGUAGCUGGUAAUGGUAGCGGUCAGCUUGUUACAAAGGCGUGGGUGGAGCGCCUAGUCAUCAUUGGCUAUGGGAAGAAACCUAGUUCAGUUGCAAUGGAGACAGGCGGUAAUACUGAAGAAUUAAGAUUCUCAUAUAACAAUAAUGCUAAGGUAUUGACCAUUGGAAGGCCAGGGGUUGUCAUUUCUACUGAUUUUACUGUAACUAUUAAUUAA